GGAAGUUUCCGGGAUCUUCAGGGUUAAAAAGGGAGGCCUAACCAGGGGUCCUUGGGCAGAAGAUUCCAGUGACCCACACCGCAGGGCUGGGGCACUUUUUCCCCCGGACGACUCCAGCCUAGGUCCUGGCCAUGAGACCCCGGCACCCCCACCUCUCCGCCGCCUCUGGCGCUUGGGCUCUGGAGAGGCUGCUGCUGCCGCUACUGAUGGCGCAACUCUGGGUCGCGGAGGCUCUGCUGAUCCCCCAAAACGACACGACCUCGGAUUUUGUGGCCUCCAGCGCCCCGUGCGCUCAUGGCUCGCAGCCCUGGCAGGUGUCCCUCUUCAAUGGCCUCUCGUUCCACUGCGCCGGCGUCCUGGUGGACAAGAGCUGGGUGCUCACGGCUGCGCACUGCGGGAACAAUAAACCUCUGUGGGCUCGAGUUGGGGAUGACCACCUGCUGCUUCUCCAGGGUGAGCAGCUCCGUCGGACCUCUCGUCCGAUUAUCCAUCCCAAGUACCACCAGGGCUCGGGCCCCAUCCUACCAAGGCGAACAGAUGAACAUGAUCUAAUGCUGCUGAAGCUGCUCAGGCCCGUGGUGCUGGGGCCGCGAGUCCAGCCCCUACGCCUGCCCUACCACUGUGCCCAGCCCGGAGACCAGUGCCAGGUCGCCGGCUGGGCCACCACAGCCUCCCGAAGAGUGAAGUACAACAGGGGCCUGAGUUGCUCCAGGGUCACCAUUCUGAGCCCUAGAGAAUGUGAGGUCUUCUAUCCUGGCGUGCUCACCAGCAACAUGAUAUGCGCAGGACUGGAUCGGGGCCAGGACCCCUGCCAGAGUGACUCCGGUGGCCCUCUAGUCUGUGGUAACACACUGCAGGGCACCCUUUCCUGGGGCAUCUACCCCUGUGGCUCUGCUCAGCAUCCAGCCGUCUACACUCAGAUCUGCAAAUACAGAUCCUGGAUAGAGAAAACCAUCAGCUCCAACUGAUCCUCAGAAGCCCUUCUCUACCCGUCUUGAAGCUGAGAUCCAGAGAGUGGUGGCAUGGUUGGUUCAUGAGAUGUGAGGAUGCUGGCCGCCAUCAGUCGCAGAGAAAUUAUCAGUGGCCCAGCCUGGCUUCCUCCACCACUCCCUGCUGUGUGACCUCGGGCCAGCCAUGCACCCUCUCUGGGCCCUUAAUUUCCUCACCUGGAAAACGGGGACAACGAAGGGCCUACCUCAUAAAUGUGCUGUGAGGAGACUCUAACAUGUGUGUGUGUGUGGAUUGUUCUGGUAAUUGUCACGUCAAGUACCAACACGGGGGGGUGGUGAGCUCUGAGUAAAUGUCAACAGAUCCUGGUGGGAGUGUGUGUGAGCCUCUGUCCUGGGGAGAAAAGCACAGGGGUAGUGCCUCAUCCCAACCUCCCCCCACACACCACACGCAUCCCCAUCCCUGAGGGCUGAUGGGAGAAUCACGUUCCUCGCCCUCCUGUCAAGUUCCGUGAAACAUCUCUUAACCACUUCCUUCUUCCCUCCCACUCUUUCCUGGCUCUGGGUCCACCCAACACCUGCUCUUCCUGUCCCAGUAGAACCUGGGCUGUCUC